UCCACAUAAUGAGAAUACUCUGCUUGCAGGGUAAUCAGCUACACGAUAAGUUUGUUUACACCACAAAAUUAAGAUGUGCAUGAAAAGCACCCAGCGGCUAUCGAUGGGUUAACGAAACAGCUGAUUUUGCGUUUACAUUUUAGAGGCAGACGACGCAAGUCUAAAGUUCAUGUUAAAAAGCUGGUUUGUCUUCAGCACUCAUUAAUUGGACAUUGUUACUGCUUAGACGCACACUCAGUCACAACAAUAAUGUGGCUAAACUUUGGUCAACUUCGUGGACGUUCUCAUAAGUUCAUCAGACUGUACAGCAACAUGAAGGUGAAAGUGCCAGUGAAGCAAGGUGUUGUUGUGGGAGAGCAGCACCAGUUGCCCAAUGGACGCCAAUACGAACGAUUCUUGGGUGUUCCCUAUGCUCAGCCACCACUUGGAGAGCUGCGCUACCGGAGCCCUGUGCCGCUAGAGCGUUUCACGGAGCCCGAGCUGGAUUGCAGCAAGGAACGCGAUGUGUCACAUCAACGAGAUCCCUUUAGCCAAGAGGUGAUUGGCUCUGAAAACUGUUUGUUCCUCAAUGUCUACGCUCCUAAAAGCAGCUCCCAGUCUAAGACGCCGCUGCCUGUGAUGGUGUGGAUUCAUGGCGGUGGCUUCUGGUUUGGCAGCGGUAACAGCGACUACACUUUCCCGGCUCAGCUGAUGCAGGAGGAGAUCAUUGUGGUGAAGCUGAAUUAUCGUCUGGGCGCUUUGGGUUUUCUCAGUCUGCCUGGAGCGGGCAUCCAUGGCAAUGCUGGGUUGAAGGAUCAGCGUCUGGCUUUGCAAUGGAUACAGCAAAACAUUGCAAACUUCAAUGGCGACCCACAGAAUGUGACGCUCUUCGGCGAAAGUGCUGGCGCGGCUUCAGUGCAUCUCCACACGUAUGCGGCCCAUGCCAACCAGCUGUUUCACAAGGCCAUCAUGCAAAGCGGCACCGGCAACAUGGAAUGGGUCUUUCAAAAGCAGAGUGAAUACAAAGCACGCAGAUUAGCCGAACUGCUGCAGGGCAAGAACAUCGAAGGGGAUCAACAACUCUUGAAGUUUCUGCAGUCGGAGCAGGUGACGCCAAAUGGCAUAUUAUCCAGAACAUUGAACGUGUUGACGCCAGACGAGCGGCGUCGGGAAUUGCCGUUGGCCUUCAAGCCCGUGGUGGAAGACGAAAGCAGCCCGGAUAGCUUCAUUACCAGCAACAUUCUGGAUUUGAUGCAUCAAAAAGAGCGACUGCAGGGUAUGCCCACAAUGAUGGGCUACAACUCAGCUGAGGGCAUUGCAAUGCUGGUAAAUGCCAGGCGUAAGUUGGAACUCUAUAAUGAGGAUCUGGCACGCGUGGUGCCACGCAAUCUUGUCGAGAAACCCGAAGCACCUGAAGCGCUGGAAGCCGCCAACGAUAUGCGUCAAUUCUACUUCAAUGGACAGGCUUUGACGAAGGAGCGUCUCAACAAUCUGGUCGAUGUCUUCACUGACUAUCACUUCAACAUUGAUCUGCAGCACGCGGCAGAGAUUCAUGCCAGUUGCCAGAGCACUGCUCCAUUGUACUUCUAUCGCUUCGAUUACGUGGGUCAGCGCAAUAUGUACAAAGUGAUGUUCCAGGCACAGAAGCUGAAUGGCGCUUCACAUGCGGAUGAGCUCUUCUAUCUCUUCCAAAUGGCCAAUGAUGAGACACCGUCGAGUCAAGAGGAUUCCCAAUUCUCUGAGCAGCUAUGUCGUUUAUGGGCGAAUUUCGCACGUCAUGGGAAACCUCUGGAAAGCUGGACACCCGUCUCCAAACCGAAGACUAACGAACCGUUUCAGUUGGAUUGUCUGCUUAUUGAUCGGGAGUGCACGAUGCAGCGCAAUCCGGAUGCUGAUCGCAUGGAAUUCUGGCGCAGCAUGUACAAGAAAUACAAAUCGGAUUGCUAUGAAGCAUUGCGGGCAAAGCUCUAAUUAUAAUGGUCGAAAACUUACCAAGACUUUAUCAACCAGUUACAUCGAAGGCCUUUCUUAAAAUAUCUUGCAAUGAAACAUCAAAUUUAUUUAUGUA